UUUUCAAGGCCCCCACAACAUGCUGUGUUCCGGCUACGCUAGUCCUUUGCUGCUGACCGCGCUCUUGCUGUGGUCCUGCGUGCACGCAUUACCUAUAGCCAGCCAAGUGCAUUGCAAUGAGGGCAACAAUGGGACGCAUACACAGACCUCGGCGAAUGGUCAGCAGACGCAGACGCAGACCGGAACCGGCUGUCAGCAGCAAUCCUCCGGAGAUGGACAACAGAGCCAGAGUCAGAACCAAACCGGCAAUGGCAACCAGACACAAACGCAGUGCAGUGGCGAGGAUUGCGCGACGAUGCCUACGCUGGCGCCGCUGGAGUGGAACACGCUGAAACCAUUGGAAUGGAACGGAAAUGGACAGAGCCAGAACCAAACGAGCAAUCAGACACAAGUGGAAUGCAAUGGUGAAGGUUGUUCAUCGAUGCCUACAUUGAAACCAUUGGAAUGGAACACUAUUCCGACUAUGAAACCAAUGGAAUGGAAUACUAUGCCGCCCAUGAAACCCAUGGAAUGGAAUACAAUGACACCUAUGAAACCAAUGGAAUGGAACACUAUGCCACCCAUGAAACCCAUGGAAUCGAAAACAAUGCCUCCAAUGAAACCCAUGGAAUGGAACACUAUGGCUCCCAUGCAACCUUGUCAUUAAAACAAUGCAAAAAAAACUUCUUAACAUAAAAAUUCGCAAAACUCUUAAAA